CUGUGUAGUCUACAAGUCAUAAAAAUGCUAGACUCGCUGACAUUUCUAUUUGAGAAAUUCUUUCUUUUCUCAAACUUUAAUAUUUUUAAAUGUCUAUGGCAGGAAAAGCAGGAGAGUGCGGUGAAAUGCCCAGUGCUCAGGAGAGGAGAUCUACUGGAGGUGCAGCGCACUCUCUUCAUUCAUUACGGCAUCUAUCUGGGCGAUAACAGGGUGGCGCACCUGAUGCCUGACAUCAUGACAGUAUUAACCAACGACAAACAGCUCAUCAAACCAGUCGUCACUAACAAAAGACUCAUUUUAGGCUGUAUUUACAGAAACGCGAGUAUACGUGUCGAUUCGGUUGAAGAUUUCGCGUAUGGAGCUCAGAUUAUGGUGAAUGAUAUGGAUGUGAAAAUGAAGUGUCAAGCACUGGCGAGCGAAGAAGUCGCGAGAAGAGCAGAAAAACUGGUCGGCGACAUUCCGUACAGUUUAUUGUGGAAUAACUGCGAACAUUUCGUGACGUAUUGCAGGUACGGGACACCUGUGAGCCAACAGACAGAAAAGUUCUGUGACUGUCUGAAAACCAUUAUUCGGGACCAGAGAAGUGUGGCCUUAACUGUUGGGAUAGGAGUGAUGUACAUCAUGUGCGUUGGCGUGGCACCUUCAACUACAUUGCCCACAAUCCUUAUUCCCUUUAUGUUGUGGAUGGCUGGCUGAGAUACACUUUUACUAACUCACAUAAAACAACAAAGCUCAAUUUUAAAGGGGACAUAAUGCAAUGCAUCAGUGCAGCACAUAUGUGUUAACAGGCAAAGUCAAACAGUGUUUGAGCAUCAUUUGCAUUUUUCUUCUAUAUAGGCAUUGUAAAUGAUAAGCUCUAUCAUUUAAACAAUUCAUGACAACAUGCUGUUAACUCUGCCUUUACAGCCAUGCUGUAUAUUUUGUCAUUUUAAACCAUGUACCUAAAAUUGGUAAAGCCAAUAUUGUUGUAGCUUAAAGUUACAGAUUGCAUGUACUGUUCACUAAAGACGCCUUAUAUUUGUAUUAAGCAGAAGUGUUUAUGAUCACUGAUAUGAAAUUUCACUGAUAUGAUUAAUAUGUAUUGUACUAUGGACUGUGAUUUUUUUUAUUACUAUUAUUAUUAUCAAGCUCUGACUUUGCUUGAUUGUGAAUUUGUACAGUUUAAAAUAUAUAUUUAAUACUGUAAGUUUCUGAACAAGAACCAGGACAAGAAUAUGUAGACAGAAUUAUUUGAUGAAUGUUGGUAUUAUGUGUAAAUACUGUAAUUAAUUCUGGUUACUGCUGUAAACAGGUGAUUGGAUUUAUUACACUAUUUUCAUCAAAAUAAAUCUUGUCUGACUUGUAGCUAAACCUGU